GAGCUUGUUUCCCUCUGGAGACGCUCUUCUUCUCCUUCCUCCACCGCCGCCGUCGCCGCCGCCAUGUUUCCCAGCAGCAGCAGCGGCGUCCUGCUGCUGGCGGUCUGCAGCCUCCUGCUGACCUGCGUCCACUCAGAGACAGUUGCUGACUCGACGAUCACAGACAACCAGGACACGAUGUCCGGGGAGUCUCCCGGGGACGUGACCACCAAAGACCCGUUCCACGAGCACACGCAGCACUCCUUCACCUUCGACUACGAGGACGCCACGCACCCUCCGACGUUAGAGGAGGACGACGGGGGGGUUCUGGGUCCAGGUGCCAUCACAGCCAUCGUUAUAGCCGUGUUCCUGGGGGCGUCGGUCCUGCUCGCGCUCAUCGUCAUCACACUGAGGAAGUUCACCGCAUCCUAGAGCCGACACCCAGUGUGUGUGUGUGUGUGUGUGUGUGUGUGUGUGUGUGUGUGUGUGUGUGUGUGUGUGUGUGUUCCUGUGGCAGGUCCCUCCUCUCUGCUCAGCUGUGAGUGACGGGAACAGAAGUCGAAGCUGGCGGGUUCUUCCAGUCUGAUCACAUCUUUCUCUCUUCACUCGUCUGCUUGUUGUAACUUUCCAUGUAACACAAUUUUAUUUGAGGUUUUUAUUAGUUUGUCACACUUCCUCCCAUAUAAACACCGCCUCCAAAAUGUUUUUCAGCUUUAACAAACAUUUGUGGAGUCAGAAUUAGACCAUUUCAAAACAGAGCUGAGUGAAUGUAAACAGCAGCAGGACAGACUUUCACUCCCUUCGUUCAUCUUUUUUGUUGUUUUGUUUUCCCAUUUAAAUGAAAUGAUUUUGUUUUCUGUUUGUCUGAAAGCUGGUUUCUACUCUUUAACACCAGAAGCCAAUUUG